AUGGAUCAUCAGACAGAGGACGACUAUUACGGACAAACACCGCAACCCAUAAUCUCCCAAAUCUUGGUUGUCCACAAUGAUGAGGACGAAAAGGCUGAUGAUCCUCGGUUUGAGGAAGACGAAGCCUUGCUGUCGGAAGUUGCCGAUGCUUGGUUGGUCAAGCCAGUGGCAAACGAAUCAUCUAAAACGGAUCUCAUGAAAAAUAUGAAGCCCUCCGAAAUCAGACAACCCAAGCAUAAGCAACAAAAACUGAUAGUGUCGCCCGCGGGCAGAAGAAAGAGAAAAUUGGAGUUUGAAUUCACUGGACUAAUCAGAAGAGAACGUGAAGUAUCUUUGCUGAAAGACUGUUUCAGGCGCAUGUUGGGACGCCCGAUUGAUGACGGAGAAUCCGAGACCUGCAGUAAAGAAGUUGUCUUUCUCUCGGGAUUGAGCGGCGUUGGGAAAAGUACCGUGGCGCAGACAUUGGAGCAGGAUGUGGAAGCACUGGAGCACGGUGUCUUUGUACGAGGAAACUUCGACCAAACUGCAAGGGAUAAGCCAUACUCGGGCAUCGCCAAAGCAUUCGGUAUGAUUUGUGAAAAGAUUGAACAAAUGCCGAACGCUGUUGUCAACAGGGUUGCCACAAAGAUAUCUGAAGAAUUUGGAACAACGGUUGAAGUUCUGAUGCACCUCAUUCCGGAGCUGAAAUACAUCAUAAAGGACUAUUCCACGACGACAUUCUGUACCGACACUGCUGAUCACGAUAUCAUGAAUGGACUUGACAGUCUUCGAUUUGCAUUCCGUGCAUUGACACGAGCCUUGAGUGCUGAAUUCUCGCCCAUGGUGUUGGUCUUGGAUGACCUGCAAUGGGCUGACAUUUCUUCCCUCCUAAUUGUGGACUGCCUCGUAACCGAUACGCAAAAUAGAAAUCCUCUGAUGGUCAUUGGGUGCUAUCGAUCUGACGAGGUCGAUGAAAAUAGCAUACUUGUAAACAAGAUCCAUGCUCUCCGUGAAAAGACCAACAAGUACACUUUCAACAUUACAGAAUUAAAAGUUGAGGCCUUUAGCGCAAACGAUAUUAGUGACUUGAUCAAGUCUCAAAUAUCAGCAGGUGACAAAACUAUGAUCGAUGGCCUUGCAGCACUCUGUGAAAAACGAACUAUGGGUAAUCCGCACUUUGUCUUGGAGUUCCUCAAGAUGCUGAAGAAUACAGGUUUGUUGGUGUAUGAUGGUGAUUCCGAGACGUGGACAUGGGAUCUUGCGCAGAUCGAAGAAGUGACAAUGUCCACUGCCAAUGUUGUUGUUCUAUUGCAGUCCAAAAUACAGAAAGUGCCAAAGCGGGUCCAACGACUUUUGCAAUAUGCAGCGUGCCUUGGCUCUUCCUUCAGCCUUCCGACACUCCAGCUCAUCUGGAAGAAAUCAAAUAUCCUUGAUAUGCGCGUAUCAUCUGAGCCCCUUGAGCAACUGCUUGCCACGGCCGAAGAAAAUCGUUUCAUCGAAAAGUGUGGUCCCAAGCGCUACAGAUGGGUCCACGACAAAGUACAAGAGGCGUCAUUGCUGCCUUCCAAGAAACCAAUGGCGACCUUUCAGCUUGACGUUGGAUCAUCACUGUACUAUUGCUUGGACGAGAAGAGUCUAGAAGAGGAACUUUUCAAUGUAACGGAUAUCGUCAAUAGCGGAAAUACCAAGAAGCGCCCCGAAUUUGCUCGAUUGAACUUUCGAGCUGCGAAGAAGGCAAAGGGAAUUUACGCCAUACAAAGUGCUGCAAACUACGCGGCAAAAGGAAUCGAGCUGUUGCAAGAGGGAGAGGUUCUUACCGGUCAUAUCUUGACGCUACAGCUAUAUACGAUUGGUGCAGAGAUGGAGACUGCGUUAGGAAAUGUCAAGAAAGCGGAACAAUAUGCAGAGGAGAUCUUAAAGCGACCCCAGUACUCAGCAAUGGAUAAAAUGCCUUUCAAGGUUCUUUCAAUCCGGAAAGGACUCGUAGUUGAUUUCAAGUAUGAUCAGACAAUUGAACGAUGUCUGGCGCGGCUCAAAGAACUUGACUACAGGUUGAUUUGGAGUAGGAGUACAACAUCUUUGCAGGCAUUGGUGGAGCUAAAGAAAGCUAUCAGAAGGGCCAAGCAUACAAAAAUGUUCAAGGAAACUGGUUAUUCCCUGAACAAGAUGACGGAUCAAAAGUACCUAUUGUGGAUGCGACUCACAGGGAUAUUUGGCUAUUCGGCAUAUCAGAGCAGAAAGUCUGUACUGUAUGUUGUUGGUACGUGCAGGAACGUACAGAUAACUCUCGAUCACGGAAUUGGACCAGAAUCUGGCGCCAUUUUUGCUAGCCUGGGGUUGUUGGUUGUGAUUUUUCAAGGAGACUUUGAAACAGCUGCAAAGUUUGCUGAAAUGGGACUAGCAAUGCAGAAGUUACACCCAGCUCGUGAAGGGUCAUGUGUGUAUAUGUCGUAUUCAUUCGUUCUAUGCUGGAAGAGACCACUGCAAGCUUUAUUGAAGCCACAUUAUGAUGGAUAUGUUUCCGCUACCAGAAUGGGCGACUCCACCUUCUCAUGUUGGUGCUUGAGCGCCCACCAUGUCUGGUUGCCAUAUAUGAUGGGAAAGCCGCUCCGUCUUAUUUUGAAGGAAUUUUCUUCACUACAAUCCCAGAUGGAAGAAUUGUCACAGCCGGGACCUCUACUCUUCUUGAAAAUCUUGUGGCAAAUGAUGGUUAAUCUUACUUCCAGCUUUUCAAAUUCGCACAAGCUGGAGGGCCAUACUUUCAGCCGAAAUGAAGUUGACGAUUGGGAACGAAUAGGAGGCACUUUCGUGCAUUUCGCAGAAGGCGAGCUAUUUCUAUUCCUGAAGCCAGCGGAAGCUGCCGAUAGGGCGAUCGCUGUUGGAGACAAGUUUUCAAAGCUGACGCCGAGUUUUUGUUUGGUGAUGAUUGAAACGUUCCAUCGUGGCGUUGCUUUGUACAUCAUGGCUCGAAAGACCAAGCAACGCAAGUACAAGAAUCAUGCAAGCAAAAUCCGCAAAACAAUCAAGAAGUGGCUGCGGGCAGGAAACCCGAAUGUCGAGCACUAUAGUUUGUUGCUGGACGCAGAACACGCGGCUUUGAGUCGAGCUUAUGCAAGUGCAGAGAAGCUGUAUGAAGAAGCAAUCGUGUUGGCCUCCCGAAUGGAGUAUCUUCACCAUGCUGCCCUCUUCAAUGAGAGGUAUGCUGAUUUCUUGCUAAACGAAGUUGAUGAUGCGGAAAGAGCUUCGCAUUAUUUGGAUGAAGCCAUUCGGCUGUACGAGCAAUGGGGGGCAACUAGGAAGAUCGAGAUGUUACAAAGCGACUUGGAACGAUCUCCUGCGUUUCAAAUGGAGUGA